GUCUGUAUGCCUGUUUGCAGUGGCUACUGAGCAGUGAUUGUAUUCCACUGAGGAAAGGCUGAGUCAGAAAUGACACAAAUACAUUUAGGAGGGGUUUCCUUCCUUUUUGGAAAAGGCACUAGAGUGCUUAAAGUUGUGCACCCCAGCAUUUUGGCUCACACAUGAAACCAGUCUCUAUAUGAUAAACAAUUUGCUGGAAAAUGGAUUCCUACAGACCGGUCAUCUUGUUUAGUAUUUUAAUCUCCUUCCAUGUGGGACAUACACUACGCUGUGCAUGCAAAGAAGAUUUAAGAACUUGCACAAGUAUUCAUAACAUGCAAACCAACUUCACAACUGCCCAGAAGAUCUGCAUGGAAAAAGGAGGUAAAUUACUAACACCACUGAGUAAAACUAUCGACAGUUUUCUUUUCAACAAAACAGGACACUUCUGGAUUGGUUCAGAAGGUGAUUGUUUAAGCAGCAGCAGAAAUUCUCGAGGUGAUUCUGUGACUCUGAACAGAGGAGGGGAAGAUGUGGCGUGUUCCUCAUGGUGCAUGUCGGUUUCUAGUAACAAGACGUUAACGGAGCGCUCAUGCGAGGAACAGGUCGACGGCUUUUUGUGUGGCGGUAUUCAGUGGGAAAACUGCUGGGAGGAGAGAGCAUCUGAAGUGCAGAUUCUGAAUAAGAAAGACUGUGGACUUGCUCCAUGCGAACGCCAGUGCAAAGUGGUUCCCGGAGGUCACAUGUGUACCUGUCCUAAAGAAUUCAGGCCAAGCAGGAAAAAUCCUGAACGUUGUGAGUACUACUGCGACUCUACCACAUGCAAACGGCCUUGCUCCACGUGUGAGUGUCCUGAUGGCUUCAUCAAAGACAUGACAAAUUGCACAGAUUUAGACGAAUGCAAAUCGAAUCACAACAACUGUGAGCAAAAAUGCAGGAACACUAUCGGAAGUUACAAGUGCUCUUGCCAGAUAGGGUUCAUGCUGGUAAACAAAACUAAAUGCGUUCCUCUUAUAAAUCCUACUCCAUUAACUGCUGCGCUUGUUACACCAUCUGUAAAUUACACGUUGAGUCAUGCGGCUUUUGCAACUCCAGCAGAGUAUAUUGGGUUUACACUGCUUAUCAUGCUGGCUAUAUGUGUUCUGAUAGGACUUCUGUAUUACUUGCGAAAAAGCAAAUCUGAUGUACUUCUAAAAAAUAACGAUAUUGCAGACGACAUCAUGGUUCAAGAGGCACAGUCACAGCUGUAAAACUUCUUCUUGUCAUGACCAGUAAUAACAUCUUUGGUGACAUUGUUUUAUUUUUAGUCAGUUUAAGUUUCAUUUAUGAGUUCAUAUCAAUGUAAACAUUUAUUGCUAAAAAUGGUCAAAUUAAACCUUUAUACAUAUAAAUAACUCGUUUUGAAGUGUCUGAUAUUAUGUGUAACUAUCAAAAAUAGCUUAAAACACAGAAAAUGCAUUAGGAUCUUUCCAUGAUGGUUUACAAUUUUAUAUUUGAUCAAUAAGCUUUCUUAUAAGCUGUAAACCAAAAAAGUCCAGGAUGCCAUUUUUAUAGUAAAACUAUAAACACUAAAGACAAACACUGAAUGAAUUUCAAUGUGCCUGUGAGAGCAAAAGCCAUUUUGAAAAUUCAUCACUCUUCUUCACCAUAUUCAAGGAGCCACUGUGGUAGUGGCUUUAUAUAAAAACCAAACUUGCAUCAGGUAUUUAAGCACGAAUGGAAUAACUGAAACCGCAUGGGCCACAUGGGAUGAUCAUAGUCUAGUUAAAUAGGAAGAGUGCUAGUUAGUAUAAGACUCAUGUUUUAAGGUAAUGUGGAUUUCUACUGAUCG